UUUUUAAUCCAAACUCUCACUGACACACCUCAUUCUGUGUCUCUUCAUCUCUCUCACAUAUCGAUUCUUCCUUCGCUGCCAUGGCGCCUGAGAAGGUGACAGAAAUGGUGCUGAAUGUCGAUCUCAAAUGCUCCGGCUGCUACAAGAAAGUGAAGAAGGUUAUCUGUAAAAUCCCCCAAAUAAGGGACCAGGUCUUUGAUGUGGACAAGAACAAGGUCAAAUUAAUCGUGGUGUGUUGUAGCCCUGAAGCUAUUCGAGACAAGCUUUGUUACAAGGGUGGAGGUGCGAUUCAGAGCAUAGAAAUCGUCGAGAAGUCGGAAAAGCCUAAAGAACCGGAAAAAGCUAAACCCGCCGCCGUCGCCGAUAAACCAAAAGAGGCUGAGAAGGCGAAGCCACCGGCUGACAAACCAAAAGAUGCCAAACCAGCUGCCGACAAGCCUGCCGGAAAACCCAAGGAAGCCGAGAAACCCAAAGCUGCUGACAAGCCAAAGGAUCAACCGGAGAAACCCAAAGCCGCUGACAAGCCAAAGGAUGCAGGAAAGCCACCGGAGGCCAAACCUAAGGACGCAGGGAAGCCACCGGAGGCGAAACCGAAGGAUGCUGGGAAGCCAACGGAGGCUAAACCUAAGGAUGCAGGGAAACCACCGGAGGGGAAACCUAAGGAGGCGGAGAAGCCAAAACAAGAAGCUCCGAAGAAAGUAGAUUUUGCUCCGAACCCGGAGGUGGCGAAGAUGGUGUAUGAACCGGUGCACGGCUAUCCACAUAUGUACCCACAAUCAGCUUACCCACCUAUGGUGGGAUACGGGCAGUAUUACGAUCAAGGUUACGGUGGUGCUCCGUUUCAGCAUGGCUACGGGAUGCCAAUAGCACCACCACCGCCGCCGCCUAGUUAUGGUGGGUUUGGAUACGACCAUGGAGGGUAUAAUAAUGGGUAUAAUGGGAACAGGAGUCAUUAUUCGAGUAAUGAUUAUGGAGGCGAAGAGGAAGGUGAAGGUUGCUCAAUAAUGUGAAAAUGGUGGCGGGUGAGGUGGUGGAUGGUGGGUGGUGGGUGGUGGUCAAUUUCAAGGUGAAAUAAAUAAUCCCGAUAAAGAUAAUCAUGACACGAUGAAUAAGUAAGUUUUAGAUAAUCUUCCAUGUGAGAAAUCUUAAAAAGAUGGCAUGUAAUGAAUCUUUCUGUACAUCGUAAAGACGUUAUUUUUUUUUUUUUCAUUUUUCUUUCUUUUUGUAUUGAUAAAGACAUGAUAGAAAUGAAAUAAGUUUUAUUUGUAAAAACAUGGCUUUAUUAGCGAAGAAGAAUCGAGAAAGAGAUUGGUGAAUUGCAUUAGACUCCAAAAAGUCACCAACUUGUAUGAUUAACGAGGAAAAAAGGACCAAUGAUAUGAAUCCAUCACCAACUUGUAUGAUUAACAAGAGAAACAGGACCAAUGACAUGGAUCCAUGAUCAAGUGGGACAGCAUCCAGUUGGAAUGACCCUACAUUACAAAACUGGUUUUCAACAAUUGGGGUAUUGCCUUUUGUUAGGAACGGCUUAUAAACACUGCAUUACUCCUCAACUAAUACCUUUUGUCCACCGCAAUAUUUGAACCAUCAACAUUUGGCUGAGAAGCACCUAUCAUCAACUCCUAACACCAAUAGACCAAAGACCC